AUGGACAAUCUUAAAGUUGUUAGAGAGUUACGUGAUUUAGCGGCUGACCCUCAAAACAGAGCAACCAUAGUUCGAGAUCGUGGUUGUUUACGACUGGUUCUAUUCUUGGAUAACAGUAAUCCUGAGGUUGUUGCUACAUCACUAGAAGCACUCCAUUAUUUGGCUGAGUCUCCUUCAAAUCGUCCAUUUAUGAAGAGUGAAGUUGGAUUGGUUAUCAGUUUAAGAAAUAUCAUGGGAAGGCCCUUGACUCAUACUCGAUCAAGAGGGAAUACAUUUUUGGGAGCAUCUAACAGAAAAGCAAGAACAAUAGUGUUUACAAGUGACUGGAAUGGUGAUCAGGAAAUGCGAUCAUUAGUUGAGGAACAACUAUUGACAGUCAAAGGUGUCAUUAGUUUUACUGUUGAUCUCAGUAGACAGAGAUGUACAGUGAGGCUACGUAGUGACCUCAAGCCAGAGUUGUUGUGCAGUGCUAUCAAUGCUACUAGUAUAUUAACAGCUCAGCAAGUUGUCAAGAAUGAACUAGGAGAAGAGGUAUUAUUGUCCUUUGGACCUAGUCCUCAAGCUCAUAUACAAGAUGAGAAAGAAAACAAACAUCCAGUCAGA